AUGCGUCUCCCACGGGCGUCAAAGUCUACAAGCAUAUGCCUGCUCGCUCUCGUCUCGGCAGCACCGGUCCUCUCGGCCCCUACUCCCGUCGCUCCUGUUGCUCCUUGGCCCACCGACGGCAAAACCCUCGCGAUUAUCGACAAGUAUUCUUACUACGCGGCGGCAGCUUACUGCAGGAAACUAAAUGACGACUCUGUCAACAACCUGGUGUGCGUCAAUCGAACGCCCGGGUACUGUGGUCAGCUCGCGGGUGCCGUGACUGUCCAUCAGUUCCACGCCAACGACAGCAUCGCCGGCUACGUUGCCGUGAGCCGUGCGGAGAGGGAGAUUAUAGCGGGCUUCCGGGGCACCGCGAGUAUCAGUGACAUAUUCAAAGACCUCCAGGUGAGGCUCAAGGACCCGAAGAAAUCCCUUGCAGAGAGGGCAAUGGCUUCCCAGGCCGUUGGCGCAGUUCCGCCCCUCGCAUUGCCCGGGGACACUGACCCGGUUCUCCCUCUCUGCGAGCCCUGCCGGGUUCACGCGGGAUUCUGGGACGCCUUCCGCGGCAUCAAGGACGCCCUGAAGGAGACGAUUCAGGAACAACUCCGCAGACACCCCGGCUAUCAGGUCAAGGUCACGGGCCACUCCCUGGGGGGAGCAGUGGCUUCCAUUGCCGCCGGGUAUCUUCGCAAGAGCGGCAUUCCCGCCGAUGUGUAUACCUAUGGCUCCCCUCGGGUCGGCGAUCCGGCCUUUGCGGCAUUCAUUUCCGGCCAGGAGAACGGCACGACGACGCGCGUGACCAACGGCCACGACCCUGUCACUGCGGUCAUCGGCAUAUUUGCUGGGUACGCCCACACCACGCCCGAGUAUUGGUUCCCCAAGAGGGUUGAGGAGCCCAAGAAUGUCAAUAUUUGCGUGGGCGUGCAAAAUACAUCGUGCUCAGGGCGCUUCUUUCCCAACGUCUUCUAUGUUAGAGACCAUUCCAGUGUCAAUUACGCCAAAGGCUUCGAUGCCUGUCCUGAACAGGCCAAGGAAUCCGAAUCGCUUCCCGACUUUACAGAGGCCGAUGUUGAAGAAUGGAAGGACCGGGGACUUGUGGAUGAUGUCGAUCAAGUCAACGCGCGUGGACUAUAG